UCAUGUCCCUCAGGACUGAAUAUCCAAUGGAGGAGGAUAAUGUAAUAUCCAAAAUGGAUGGAGGACAUCAAGAGAGAAAGACCCUCAAAUCAACUGAACAAGGCUCACAUGAACUUACAGAGACUGAACAUGAGGCCUGCACAAGUAUUUACCAGGUCCUCUGCAUAUAUAUUAGAGCUUACAAUUAGUAUUUGUAUGGGAAUCUCGAGUGUGUAAAGCAGUAAGUGUCCUUGGGGCAAUCUGCUGGAGUAUAUAGGAAGUACAGUCAGUAGACACCAGGACAUCAGUUCAGCAGCCUUUCCCAGUCCCUCAUAUACUGUGGAGGAACUAUUCUGAGAUGAAUUUAUCAUUGACUCAACCAUGCUUCUGGGCACUGCAGAUACUGUUGGUGUCAAAUCUUCUCCAGUGGGAGAUCGUGGUCUCUUUACCCACAAAUGGCGGUGAAUCAGGUGUUAAUGAAAAACUCACUGAAGACCUUUUUGAUGAUGCCAUUAUACUUUCUCAGCACAUCAAUGGCCUGGCUAUAGAGACACGCAGGAUAUUCCUAUCCAAUAAUUUCUCAUCAGACAUGUUCAUUGCAUUUACAUUACAAUUUAACAGACAUGAUGAAUUUGUUGUCAAUGGUCUCAACAGCUGCCACACUUUGUCACUCAAAACACCAAAAACAGAAAAGGAAGCCCAAAGGAUCUCACUGCCAGACUUUGUAAAAAUGAUACUAAGUAUACUACGUGCCUGGGACAACCCUCUGUAUCACCUGGAGAUAGAACUCAAGAAUAUGCCAGGAGCUCCCUUUGCUAUCCUUGCAAGAGUCAAAGAUAUUGAGGUAAAAAAUAAAAUCCUUCUGGACCGCAUCAUGAAGAUUGCCAAGAAGGUUAAACGUGGAAUUGAAGAAAAUGAAGAGUACCCUGUUUGGUCAGAGCUUGCAUCCUUACAGUCAGCCAAUGAAGAAUCAAGAUUUUUUGCUCUUUAUAAAUUGUCCUAUUGCCUAUUUGUUGACACAGACAAAGUAGAACAUUUUCUUAAGCACUUGAAGUGUCGGUAUUUUGAUGGUUACAUGUGCCAAGACUCAGCAAACCAAAUUCGCCUUCAGUAAUCAAUUUCCUCAAAGCUUCUUUUAAUUUUCUCUCAUUUGAAGGUAUCCCUUUGUGUAACACAACACUUCAUAAAAAAUAAAUGCUUUAGAUAUAUCCAAGCA